CGUCGCUCAUUUGCAUACGGGGUGACGCAGUAGGCGGGGUUUCCGAAGCUGCCCGAGCAGACAAUGGAAGUCGCGGACCGCUAGCUGAGCAGGAGGGGGCCAUGUGAGUGAUGUCUGUAGGGGGGCCGAGCACCGGCGGGGUAUGACACCUCCUACAGACGCUGUCCCAGCGAUACAAUGGAGCCUGUACAGCCGUCCGCUCCACCGGUGCUGUGCUCGGUGCUGUCCGUGAAAAGUCACAGCUGUGAGGUGACCCUGGACUCCGGUCGGGCGCUGUUGUCCUGGAGGGAAGUGAGGCCGCGGAGGGGGAGAGAGCGGAGCCGAGCUGGCAUGUGCUUGACACAAGCAUUUCAUAGAGCAAGAGGCAGCUUGACUCACCGGUUACCUUCAGCUGCUCACAUUGUCCCUGUAUCGGAAAUAGUUUCAGUUGGAGAAGCGGAAAUUGAUGAGAAGUACUAUGGCAUGCAGUGGAAGCACAUGUGUAAACCUCAUGCAUUUACUGUGCACUAUGUACAGAGAAUGAAGAAGCAUCGCUGGCGGUGCAAAGCAGUGACCUUCUGGUGCAGUGAUGAACUUCUGUGUUGCCACUGGUUACAAGCACUUAAUGAUCUUCUGGAGCAACAGACUUGUAGGCCAAAGCACUUACUAGUUUAUAUAAACCCAUACGGUGGAAAGAAGAAAGGAAGGCAGAUAUAUGAGAAGAAAGUGGCUCCAUUGUUUAGUCUUGCCUCUAUCACUACAGAUGUCAUUGUGACAGAAUAUGCAAACCAUGCUAGAGAUAAUCUUUAUGAAGUCAAUCUGGAUAAAUAUGAUGGGUGGGUAUUAUAUGGUUCCACAGACUGUGUUUGUUUUGCUACCGUGGGAAUCAAUGAUCCAGUAACUUCAGCUUUGCACAUCAUAUUGGGUGAUUCUCAGCCCUUGGAUGUUAGUUCAGUUCAUGACCAAAAAACAUUAUUGAAGUACACAGUUUCAUUAUUGGGUUAUGGUUUUUAUGGAGAUGUCGUGAAAGGCAGUGAAAAGAAUAGGUGGCUGGGCCCUGCCAGAUACGAUUUUUCAGGUUUUAAGACUUUUCUAUCUCAUCGUUACUAUGAAGGGACAGUGUCUUUCCAACCAGCAGAGUGGGCAGUAGGAUCUCCAAGGGAUAAAAUCUAUUGCACAUCUGGGUGCUACAUUUGCAGGCAAAUGGAGGAGCAGCAGACAGCAGAGACCUGUGGGUUACAACACAAUGUAGUUAGAACUAAGACCGAGAUUGUAUUUUCUUUAGGUUUUAAGACUUUUCUAUCUCAUCGUUACUAUGAAGGGACAGUGUCUUUCCAACCAGCAGAGUGGGCAGUAGGAUCUCCAAGGGAUAAAAUCUAUUGCACAUCUGGGUGCUACAUUUGCAGGCAAAUGGAGGAGCAGCAGACAGCAGAGACCUGUGGGUUACAACACAAUGAACAAGAGAACUGGAAAACUGUCAAAGGAAAAUUCAUGGCAAUUAACGCAGCCAUCAUGAGCUGUGCUUGUCCUCGCAGCCCGAAGGGUCUCUCACCAGCAGCUCACUUGGCAGAUGGGACUGCAGAUCUCAUUUUAGUCCGUAAAUGCUCAAGGAUAAAUUUCCUACGGCACCUUAUCAGGCACACAAAAAGCAAUAGUGAUCAGUUUGAUUUUCCAUUUGUUGAAGUCUAUCGGAUAAAGACUUUUCAGUUUACUCCUAAACAUUCUGAAGAUGAUGAUGCUGAGAGCACUGAUUUGGGAAACAUUGGGAAAAAGAACUUUCCUCAGAUCUGCACAGAUCACCCAUCUUGUGGCUGCAAUCAGGUGAACAGUGUCUGGAAUUGUGAUGGGGAAUCCCUUGAACAGACUGCCCUUGAAAUGAGGGUCCACUGUCAACUUAUCAGACUGUUUGCACGAGGCAUUGAGGAUUCCCAUAAAGAAGAUGAUGAAAACCCAAGCAGGGUUUAAUAAUGGAUUAUAUUUUGUUCAGUCUUUUGUGGUGUUUCUUUAUUUAUUUAACAGCUUAUACGUUAUCCAGUUUGAAGAAACUGGUGUGAAAUAUGAAGAUAAAUAUCUAAUUAUAUUUUAAGUUUGAUGUUUCUGUAAUUUAUCAUGAUUUGAUGAACUCCAAAAUCAUGGCUUUAUUGAAGACAUUUGUGUAAACUGAAAGAUUGUUCUUACUAGGCUUUGCAGUGUUUUUGUUUUUUUCCUGAAAUGUUACUACUUAUCUUGGUGUCCUAUAGUUUCAAGGCAAAUUGCAUGUGUUUCUGAAGACACCUAGAACAUAAUAUAGGCAUUGUGCAUAACAUCUAAUAAAGUGGAUCAUUCUAUUUAGGUAGACAAACCGUGAUCUAGAAUAAGAUUUAUUAUAGUAUGAGGU